AUUUUUUUUUCGUUCAUCCUAAAAGUUUAAGUGGACGAGACGAGCGGCGGCCCACUCGACCCCUAAUCGAAAUUCAGAAGUGUAUUGUUUUGGCCGAGAACAGUUUGUCAGGGAACUUCAUUUCAUUUACGCUCCGAAGCGGCAAAAGUAGGAUUUCCAAAAACGAAUAAAAUCUAAAUUCAAAUUCAAAUCCAAAUAGAAAUAGAAAUAUAAGAGCCAUAAGCUGAAGUUAACGAGACGAGACAACAAUUCGAUUCAGCGGUUUUUGUUUUUUUUUGCCAGUGUGUGUUUGUGCUACGCUGUGAGUGUGCAUUACGUGCAUUAGUGUAUGUGUCCAGUGCUCCUGUUGUUCUUGUUGCUGUUGUUAUAGUUUAUUGUUGUUCUUGCUGUUCUUGUUGUUGUUGCUGCUCGCAAGGCACAAAAACAUAGAAACACACAGACAAUCACACAACACGCAGAUCGUUCACACAAUUGCGAAUAUUUAGAAAAGCAAAGCAUAUAUGUGACAACAAAACGCCAGGGAAAAACUGAAAAUCCGAGCAAAGGAGACAAACCAAAAAAGCCAAUUGAGAAAUUAAAGCAGCUGAAGCAACAGCAACAUGGACCUAAUCAAUAAGUUCAGCAAUGCAUUCUGGAGUACGCAAAUCUGGCUGCCCCCGAACACAACCUGGGCGGACAUUGCGCCCGGCUCGCGACCAGAUGUGGUGCACGCCAACUACAAGGACCUCAUUUGGCCCAUUCCAUUUGCCGCUGUCGUCAUGCUGGUCCGCUACACGCUGGAGCGUUUCUGGAUAUCGCCCGUAGGCAAAUCACUGGGCAUACGUAGUUCUAGACCUAAGAAAGCGGCAAAUGUUCCUAUUUUGGAAAAGGCCUAUGCCAAGUCGACACGAUUGGACAAGAAAUGUCUGGGUCCGCUGUCCAAGCAGACGGAUAUGAGCGAGCGCCAAAUCGAGCGCUGGUGGCGUCUACGAAGGGCCCAGGAUAAACCGUCGACACUUGUCAAGUUCUGCGAGAACACCUGGCGCUGCAUCUACUAUCUGUACAGCUUCAUCUUUGGCGUGAUCGUGCUGUGGGACAAGCCGUGGUUCUGGGAUGUGAAGAGCUGCUGGUACGGCUACCCGCAUCAGUCGAUCAGCAAUGAUAUCUGGUGGUACUACAUGAUUUCGAUGUCCUUCUACUGGUCCCUCACUGGCACCCAGUUCUUCGAUGUGAAACGCAAGGACUUCUGGCAGAUGUUCAUCCAUCACAUGGUCACCCUGCUGCUGAUGUCGCUCAGCUGGGUGUGCAAUCUGCAUCGCGUCGGUUCGCUUGUCCUGGUCGUUCACGAUUGUGCCGACAUCUUUUUGGAGGCUGCCAAACUCACCAAAUAUGCCAACUAUCAGAAGCUGUGCGAUGCGAUCUUUGCCAUCUUCACAGUGGUCUGGAUUGUGACGCGUCUGGGCUUCUAUCCACGCAUCAUUUACAGCUCAUCUGUGGAAGCACCGCGCAUUCUGCCCAUGUUCCCAGCCUACUACAUCUUCAACUCAUUGCUUCUGAUGCUGCUCGUUCUACACGUGAUCUGGACAUACAUGAUCCUCAAGAUCGUUGUUGACUCUCUGCAGAAGGGUCUGAUGUCCGGUGACAUACGUUCCAGUGAUAGUGAGGAUCUCACAGACAGUUCGGAGAAUGCACGUCUGGCCAAUGGCUCGGCGCGCUCCAAGAACAAGUCGAACAGCGGUGCGUCUUUGGCUGCAGGAUCUGCCGGAGAAGCAGGAGCUGGCGCUGUCACCCAGCGCAAGACCAACAAUGCCAACAACCACACGACCGAGGCGGCAGGAGGAGCUGCGACAACGGCAGCCAAGUAGGAUGGGAUGCGGGUGACUGGGGGCAAAUGGAGCGAGGAGGAGCCGGUGGCCACCGGCAUCUGAGACACCAGUACCACUAGUAGUGGGCACACUUCCCGACGGGCAGGCGCAACAACAACAGCAAACAAACAAAAUCCACAUACACCCCAAAAACACACCACACACACACACGCAAACACACGCAUGUACGCACACACAAACAAACACACACACGCAUACAAAAAAACCAAACCAGUUCAGAACGUUUUUAUGUUAAUUAUUAUUUUUUAUAUAUAAAUCGUUUUUAAGGUUAACAAAAAAGAAACAAAACGAAAACCAAAAGAAAUUUCAAUAAAUGCGAGAAAAUUGAUGUGUAA